AUAACAUAUCCCAAACCUGUGUCUUGCAAAACCCAAACGCAAACGGCAGACGAAACCAAAGAACACAACGAAAAACGCAAUCUUUACAAACAUGGAGAUGAGUUUAACCCAAAUAGCCAAGCCACCACCAUGUCUUGUUAACAAAAAUUCUCUUUUUACAAACAAAAAAAGAGUAAAAACCACUGUAAAAGCUCUAAGGAAUUCAUAUCCAAAAAGAGCAACACUAUCCAGUAAUUGGAAUGUCUCUAGUUUAUCCCCUCUUUCUUCAUCUUCAACAACUCCAACUUGGUUUCCCAGAUUUGAAGAGCUUGACACUACCAACAUGCUUCUUCGUCAAAGGAUUAUAUUUUUGGGUUCUCAGGUGGAUGACAUGACAGCAGACUUGAUUAUAAGUCAACUGUUACUUCUCGAUGCUGAAGACUCUGAGAAAGACAUAAAAUUGUUCAUCAAUUCACCGGGUGGCUCUGUCACUGCUGGAAUGGGAAUAUACGAUGCCAUGAAGAUGUGCAAAGCAGAUGUUUCGACUAUUUGUCUAGGGCUAGCUGCAUCAAUGGGUGCGUUUCUCUUGGCUACCGGUACGAAAGGGAAGAGGUUUUGCAUGCCUAAUUCGAGAGUGAUGAUUCAUCAACCACUUGGAACUGCUGGAGGCAAAGCAACAGAGAUGAGCAUACGGAUAAGGGAAAUGGUGUACCAUAAGGUUAAGUUGAACAAGAUUUUAUCAAGAGUUACAGGAAAGCCCGAAGAACAGAUCGAAGUAGAUACAGACCGGGAUAAUUUCAUGAAUCCUUGGGAAGCCAAGGAAUAUGGUCUAAUCGAUGGAGUUAUAGACGAUGGCAAGCCAGGGUUAGUUGCUCCAAUUGCAGAUGCAGCACCGCCACCGAAAACCCGGGUUUGGGAUUUGUGGAAAGUCGAAGGGAGCAAGAAAGCAAAGAAGAAUUUGCCUACAGAACAUAAAAUGUUACAGAAUGGUCAUACAGGUGGCCAGGAAAAGAAAGAAGCUGCUCCUUUAUGAAGAUUUUGUGAGAUAACUGUUUACCUCCAUUGUUGUUUCUCUCUUUAAGCUUUUGACAUGUUAGAUUGUAACAAUUAUUUUUUCAAAAAUGACAAAAAAGAACACAAUCUCAAUGAAUUGAAACUUAAUAGAA